AUGGCCUCCGGCAGGCUCCUCUGCCGUGGCCCCCUCCGCCGUGGCCACCCUCAGGCACCUUCGCCAUGGCCUCCUUCGCCGCGGCCUCCCGCUGCAGCCCGUCGCCGUGACCAUCCGAAGAAGCAUCGCCGCCGCGACCACCCGAGCAGCUCCGCCACCGCUGGCCCGAGCGCGCGCCGCAGCCGCCUGCGCCGCUGCUCCACCGCCGGCACCGCCACGCCUACGCCGCUGCCCGCCCCGACCAUCACACGCCCGGCGCCGGCGCGCCUCCACCGCGCCACGCCUCGAGGCCGCCCCGCCCCGAACAGAGCCAGCAUGGCCCGGAUCCGGACCGGCGGCGCGCCGGCCGGUCCCGCCACGAGCCCCCCCGGACGCGCCGUCACGCAGCACCCCUCCGCCGCGACCCAACAGCCUCGCGAGCAGCCUCCCGCGCCGCCGCACACCACCACUGCUCCGUCGCCGUCGCGCUCGGUCGGUAGAAACUCCACUCGCAACGAGGAGAGGAACCGCCCCGCCGCCACCUUCCCCGGGGAGCGCAAGGCUUUGCAUGCCCCCCCUCCGGCGGCGGCAAAGCAAGGAAGGCGGAGGGCGGGGGUUAGAAGAGGUGGCGGCUAG